UUGGCAUGGUCACUCUAACGCAAACAACACACACACGUGACAACAAUGAGUAAAAAACCGCAUUCCGUAAAAGUUCCCACCCAAUACAGGGCAACUGCCAAGAUCCUAAAAGCAGCAGUGGAAAAGCAGAAGUCUAUUAAGACCCUAAUAUUCGAGGAAAAGCAUGCGCGUGUUCGCUCCAUGCAUGCAGUGCUGAAGGCUUAUAGCGAAAAUCGUGGUGCCGUCGAUAGUGCCAUUGAAACAACCGGCCUGCUAAAGGAUAACCCCAACUUGGACCCGAGCCUUGCAAAGGUUCUUGUUACAGAACUUAUUUUCGUACGGAAGAAGUUGAACGGCGAGAGUAAACCCGUACAAAAGGUCCUCAGCUACGAGGAGAAACUGAAAGAGGCGAUCAGCGGUGCAGGAUUUGAGAAAAAAGAACCCAAUCCCCGCUAUGUCCGCAUCAACACGAACCUGUAUAGCCUUUCGCAGGCUUUGGAGUACCUUGCCAGCGAAGACUGGCGACGUAAGGAGUUGCCCGCCGAUGCCUCUUAUGCGGACUUUCUGGCCGCCGUUAAGGCCCUUGAGGAGGACGAAUUUAUGACUGACUUGCAGGUGGAGGGUGUACUGGUUUUCCAUCACAAGUGGUCUUCCUAUUGGUCUUCCCACGAGUUUGUAAAACAAAAGAAGUUUAUUCUUCAAAACAAGGGCACUUGCCUGGCCGCUGAACUGCUGGCUCCUCCGUCCGGGUCUACGGUGCUGGACAUGUGCGCUGCUCCAGGGAUGAAGACUCUGCACUUGUGCAACUUCAUGAAAAACAAAGGUCGAAUUUACGCAGUGGAGCAGUCCAUGGAACGCUACCGGGUACUGUGUAAUAUCACUUCUGAGGCUGGCUGUGACAUAGUAACUCCCAUCCUGGGGGAUGCUUUGAGGAUGAAUGCCGAGAACUGCCCUGAUGUGGAGUACAUCCUGGUUGAUCCCAGUUGUUCCGGCAACGGAAUGCAAAGCCGAAUGAAUGUGUGCGACGAGGAAAAGGACGACCAGCGCCUUUUCAAGUUGGCUGGUCUGCAGGUUAAGAUCCUUUCCCACGCCAUGACCGCUUUUCCAAAUGUGAAACGCAUCGCCUAUUGCACCUGCUCACUGUAUAAGGAGGAGAACGAGGAGGUGGUGAAGCGUUGCCUGCAGGUGAAUCCCUCCUUCAAGCUGCUGAGUUGCAAGAAGGCGCUUCGCAACAAGUGGCACAAUGUGGGGGACACCGAAUACGCCAAAAUUGGCAAAAACGUUCUGUACUGCUUACCGGAUAGCGACUUGACCGAUGGAAUCUUCCUAGCGCUCUUCGAGAAGCGCCGCGACGGCGAAGCAGACUAGCUUCUCUAGCAAUAAAAACCACCUCUUUUAAUAUGAAAUACACCUUUAUUUUGAUUCUUUUGCCAUUGAAUUUUCCACUUCAGCUUGUACAUGUUAAAAAAAUAAAAAAAUAAUAUACUCAAAAA